AUGCCUGGUGAAACUUUAGCCAAAAAAGAUCCCACUAGAUGGCUGGAUACUGCAUUCUUUGAGAAAGUUCUACGUCAAGGUAUAAACGAUAAAAAUCUCACCGUCGAAGAUUUGCUCCUCUGCGUCCAUGCAAACGUUGGUGAGCAUUACGCCAGUACCAUCUACAGGGCCAAUGUUCAGUAUCGGUCCCAGGGCAAGAUAGAACCGAUCGCACUAAUUGUCAAGCUAGUGACAUCAAAGGUAAAUAAAUUUGCCGAUAACUCAUCUUUCGAGAAUGAAGUACACCAGUACCGGAACGUGAUCAACCCGAUGCAAGAUUUACUAAAGCAGGCAGGAGCGGAAAAUUAUGAACUAUGUCCAAAGCUUAUGUUUGCAUCUGCUGAACCGCAGCCGGUUAUCGUUCUAGAAGAUGUUACUCCUAGAAAGUUUGAGACCUACAAACAUUUGCUAAAUUUGGAGAACUCCAAAGUUAUCGCGGCGAAAUUGGCAAAAUUCCACGCGGCGUCAUACUGCCUGAACAAAGAUGUCACCAACAAAAACUUAGAUAACCACUCAGAUGGGUUGUUCAAGGAGAAGCCUAGUGAGGGAGUCAAGUUCAUGGAAGAAAAUUUCGAAAUUUUUGCUGACGAGUUGUCCAAGUGGAAUGGGUUCGAAAAAUAUUCCGAAAAGUUGUUCAAUCUGAAACCAAACUUUAUCAAGCGUGGUGUGGAAAUCUUCAAUCAGCACAACGGUAACACUAGUUUCAAGGUAUUGAAUCAUGGGGACUUCCAUUACAACAAUAUGCUGGUUCGAUUAUUCGCUGAUACGACAUCUGUUCUGGAUGCUCUUUUCAUCGACUUUCAGCUUAGUUUCUGGGGAUCUCCGGCUGUUGACUUAUUCUACUUGCUUUAUCUAGUGUGUGAUAAGGAAACCCGCGAAAAUCACAAACAGGAACUCAUAUACUACUAUCAUCAGCGAUUUACGGAAACUUUGCGUAAUGUUGGACACAUGGGGACACCUCCAACUCUGUUCGAAAUUAACAGCGAUCUGUUGAAGUUUGGAUUCCUAGAGGUCAUCAUUGCCGCUUGUUUCAUGCCGUUUCUUUUUGCCGACUACAGUGCGGCUUCAAGCGCGAUAGGAUGCAGUCAGGAUGCCAAAGCGUACCGUAGACAAUUGUACAACAAUCCUCAAUAUCGGGAGUUGAUCGAGCCACUACUGCCGUACUUUCUACAUAAAGGAUUUCUGGACUAA